AUGUCCUGGCCUUCUCUUCCGCUCGAAAAUGCCGCAUCUGCUGCACGGGUGAGCGAGCCCCUUCCAGUCACGUCAAUUCCUCAUCCUGGUCCCUCUGCUCCCUCUGCUCCCUCCGCCCUCUCCCCCACCACGACUCGCCCGGCUCCCGUGAGUGCGAAUGACGAACAGCCCUCUUCGCCCCCAGCUGUGACUGGCUGCCCGCCAAUUCAAGACGACACAUACCCUCGUGGCAUCAUCUCAUCCCCUUUGCCGGGCCCCCAGCUUGUGCCUGUCCCAUCCUCCACACCUCCAUCUUCGGCUGUUGCCGCUAGCCAUGGCGACCACGUCAAUAAAAGGCCAAGGCCGCCGCUGGCUGUUCCCAGGAAUAACGGACCUUCUCUCCUCUCCCAAGCUCUUGCCUCAGCACGUGGAAUUUCUUCAUCUUCCGUCGCGGCCCAGCCAGAUCAGCGCCAGCCUGGCCACAGUCACGCACAGUCCAAUGACCAAAUACGAUCAUAUCAACCCAAAUAUGUAUCCGGUAACCCCCAAGAGCUGACACUACUCGAAUCGCGCCCUGAGACCUCACCGCAUUCCUCAGGCGCCUACUUGCCGCCACCUACCCCUCGGAGGCCAAUUGAUCCUGUCCGAACCCUGUCGAUGCCUUCCUUGCACUCGUCGACGUUCUCUGCAACUUUGACCGUGGUUCCUAAGUCCAUCCCGAUGCCUGGGCUUACCGAGACGGCUUCGGUUAUUAGGGGCCAUCCAGGUUCAUUUCUUAUACCUCGAGCGAGGGGAAGAUCACUGGAGCGCACUGAGAAAGAGGCCCGUCUCCAUUGGAUUGACACUAGUAAACCACCCCUGGAUAGUGUUGGGAGUUCUGCAUAUAACUGUGGCGACAGCGCCAUCUCUCGUUUUGGUUAUUCAGAGUCCAACUCUACUUCGCGUGCUGAAUACCGAGCAUGGAGGACGGAAAGAACAAUGUCAAUAGGCCCGGAGAAAGCAUGGUCUAUUGGUACUGGGGGGUUUGUUGGACAUCAGAAUGGUCAAGUCGAAAAAUCCAUUACCGAGGUACUAGCUGGGAUGGAGCCAACUAGGAGCCGCAAAGCAAGCCACAGUCUUCGCUUUUUCAAGGAAGGUCUUCCAGUUGAUAAAAUCAAACGGAAGGAGUCUAGGUUCACAUCACCGCAGGAAAAGAUAUCUCCAUCCAAAGUUUCACGACUAGAGGUGCAGCCACAGGCUUACAGCUCGUCUAAUAAAUGCCCCAAGAUUCCGACUCCGCCACAUGAGUCUACCCAGGUUGCAGACCCGCAGUCUCCAUCACAUAGUGAAGAUCUGCCAUCUAGUACAUGGCCUCCCCAGACCCCUUUGGAUCGACUCACUGAAGGUGACUACUUUAAUCUACAGCAGGACGAGGUCGUGGCGACAGAGCCUAUUAAAAUUCAAGACCGGAGAGGAAGCUCUUCUCCGCCAUUAGAAUUCACACGCCGCUCUCGUCUAGGAAGCAAGGAUAUUGGGACUAGUGAAAUCAAUACACACGACCUUGCAGAACCGGAAAGUCAUGUUGCAACGACUGUUGAGGAAGAUGAGCUGUCGUCUGAAGAAAAGAUAUCAUCUGCUGUAUUCUUGCCGCAUCAGGGCCUGGAUGAUUCUACAGGGAAGGGAUCUUGUGUUAUUGAGAAGGUCGAGCCACAACAGUCUAGUGCUCGUUCCACUACCGAGGGUUUCCACCCGUGGCUUGUAAAAGCAGAUGAUCCGGAAGCCAGAGGCGAAAGUCCGACUAGCCUACGCCACGAAGAUGUACCAAAGGAUAAGAAAGACAACAUACUGCUUGGUCGGAAUGUUAUCCAAAAGGAAGACCACCAAGAUACUACUUCAGCUGAGAGUGACCUCAAAAAGAAGCCUAGUGACACACACACAAUGAUAUCGCGCCCAGUUCCUCAGUAUUACGAGGAUAUGGUUCACGAGCAUCAGAUGGAGCCUAAAGUACCGCUUGAAGCUAUUGAGCUUAUACCAUACAAACAUCAAGUUGGGGGUCACACCACCAUCUGGAGGUUUUCCAAAAGAGCUGUCUGUAAGCAGCUCAAUAAUCGAGAAAAUGAAUUUUAUGAAAAGAUAGAACGAUACCACCGCGAUCUUCUUCCUUUCCUGCCAAGAUAUAUUGGUGUUCUGAAUGUUACGUAUCAGAAACAGCCCCGUCGGAGGUCGACAGCCAAACAAGACGAAAGCCUAGCAUCUGAGAAAAUUCACAAUGAAUCUGAUGUUCAGCCAAAUGCUGUCGAGAGGGUUACCAAAUCUAGAGUCCGUCCAUCGUCUAAUGGCUAUGAAGAAGAAAACCGCCGAAGGAUUGUCAGUCAGUCGUUACAAUCAGGACACAUCCCAGUUCCCACUGUAACUUUCGUUGAUAAUCAACACAUUCUACCUAGAAGCUUGCUGCAGCCUUCUAUGGUCUCAGGGCUUAAGGAACGCCCUAGAAGUGCAUCUGCAGCUAUGUUACAGCAACCUGUAAGCGACAUGCUGUCACCAACACUCGAACACGAGUCAUCUCGAACUCCACGGCCCACGCUGGAGUCUCGACACGCGAAUAGCUGGGGGGCAACAAUGGUCAACAAGAAACUCAGGAAUGAAGUGUUCAAUGAUGCGUUCCUACAGCCUAUUACUGUACAAAAACAUCAGAAGCCUGCAUCGUACCACCGCUUGGUUCCCCGCCGCUCAGUGCAAUCUAGUCUAUCGAAAUCUAUGGCAGUUCCCUCAACAAUGAAGGGUGAGCACAAUACCGCUUCAUCCCACAAUUCAAGCGGUCUCAGAAGCCCGGCAAGUCUUCUGCAAAGUCAGAGUGACCUAGGGCCAAGAGAUGAUUACUUGAUCGUGGGAGGCAUGGACUUUGUCAAAGACGUGACUGGGACCAGUGCACCCGAAGCAGACCUAAUGGGAGAAAAACUGUCACCACGUGCCCAAAAACGACGCUAUUCUGGCAGCAAGCUGCGUCGUAAACCUCAAGAUGUCGGAGAUUCGCGUGGCGAUUUAAAAUAUUUCGAAGACGCAGAUGAUGUGAGAUACCGAGGUGAUAGUGAGGCAGCGAUAACCUCACCACGCUUUCAAUUCUCGGCCAAUGGCGAUAAUUCAGCUUCAGAAAAUGUGGAGGAUAGAAAAUUGGCAAGCAUUGACCCCCAGAAGUUCGAACUACCUUCUGCAGAUCUUUCUAGAACUCCCAACCUAGAAAUGGAGAUACAAAGAAUUCCACGCCCAAUCAACCCGAAAGAAGCCCAAACCCAGCGUGACUCAAGAGUCGAAUACUUCCUGUUGCUCGAAGACCUCACUGCUGGCAUGAAACGACCCUGUAUAAUGGAUUUGAAGAUGGGAACUAGGCAGUAUGGUGUGGAUGCUAGUCCCAAGAAACGUGAGUCUCAACGCAGGAAGUGUGCAGAGACGACAUCUAGGGAGUUGGGGGUCCGGGUUUGUGGUCUUCAAACAUGGGAUGCCAAGUCGCAGACUUAUAUUUUCCGGGACAAGUAUUAUGGGCGAGAUCUGAAAGCCGGGAAAGAGUUCCAAGACACUUUAACUAUGUUUCUGUACGACGGCGUGGAUCUUAGCAGUGUCCUUAGACAUAUUCCCACUAUACUCCAGAAACUCAAUCAACUCGAAGUAACCAUCCGUCGACUGCGUGGCUACCGGUUUUACGCAGCAAGCCUAUUAAUGUUCUACGAUGCUGCGGCACUCGGCAGUGAUAGCGAUGCGACUGCCGAGGACUCGACCACCGACUUCGCUACCGACACGGAGGAUACUUGGGACGUAAAGAGACGUCAAAAGAAUAAAGGCGAAAUCGAUUUCAAGAUGGCUGACUUCGCGAAUAGCGUGACAGCUGGUGACCUAGCCACGGACAAGCCAUGUCCGCCGAAGCAUCUUGACGAGCCGGAUCGGGGCUUCCUACGGGGGCUUUCCACGCUUCGAAAAUAUUUUUUGCGAAUACAGAGGAAUGUGAGACAUGAGAUGGGACUAAACCCGCCACGCAGGCACGAUGAGGAUGCCAGAGCGAUUGAAGAUGAUUAUGACGAGCAGACUGUUAGUGAGUGA